AAUUGAAGUUUUAUUUAUAGGGAAGAGUGGCUAAGGAAAAAAUAAUUCAGUUGGGCUAAAAUGGCAUGUAUUUAGUUUUUGUUGUUGUUAAAACAUUAUAGCAAAGGCUUGCUUAGACACUUUGUAUUUAUUUUUCUCCUCCAGUGUUUGCUCUUUCAUUCUUCAUCAGAAUCCAGAAGAGAUAAGUAGAGGUUCCAGAGGAUUUUUGUAAAAGUUCCGGCUCGUUGUGGUGUUACUGUAAGAUGGUUGACCCUACUCUAGCAGAAAUGGGAAAGAAUCUGAAUGAAGCCAUGAAGAUGCUAGAAGACAGUCAAAGAAAAGUGGAGGAGGAAAAUGAAAAGAAGUAUGCACGGAAGGAUAUUCCUGGACCAUUGCAAGGCAGUGGCCAGGAUAUGGUGAGCAUACUUCAGUUAGUUCAGAACCUAAUGCAUGGUGAGGAGGAAGAGGAGUCUUCGCAGACCUACCGACUUCAAAAUGUUGGUGAACAGGGUCACAUAGCUCUACUGGGACAUAGUUUGGCUGCCUAUAUAUCAGUACUGGACAAGGAAAGACUGAGGAAGCUCACAACAAGGAUCCUUUCUGAUACUACUCUCUGGCUCUGCAGGCUUUUCAGGUAUGAAAAUGGGUCAGCUUAUUAUCAUGAAGAUGAUCGUGAAGGUCUGCUAAAAAUCUGUCGACUUGUUAUUCACACUUGCUAUGAAGACUAUACAGUAGAAGGAUUUAAUGUGCUAUGUACUAAGCAGCCUGUUAUAUACAUUAGUUCUGCAGCUAGAACAGGCUUGGGCCAAGCUCUCUGCAAUCAGCUGGGGUUACCCCUCUCUUGCAUGUGCCGUGUGCCUUGUAACACUAUGUUUGGAUCUCAGCAUCAGAUGGAUGUUGCUUUGUUGGACAGAUUAAUUAAAGAUGAUGUUGAGUGUGGAAAACUGCCUUUGUUGCUUGUGGCUAAUGCUGGAACGCCAGGUGCUGGGCACACAGAUAAACUUGGGCGACUGAAGGAACUUUGUGAGCAGUAUAAUAUGUGGCUCCAUGUAGAAGGUGUGAAUUUGGCAACUUUGGCUUUGGGUUAUGUCUCCUCUUCUGUACUGGCGGCCACAAAAUGUGACAGCAUGACUCUUACUCUCGGUUCCUGGCUGGGUCUGCCAGCUGUACCUGCAGUGACACUCUACAAACAUGAGGAUCCUUCUUUGUCCUUAGCAGCUGGGCUGACAUCAAGUCAGCCUGUAGAAAAACUUCGUGCCCUGCCACUGUGGCUAUCCUUGCAGUACUUAGGCCAUGAUGGGAUUGUGGAGAGGAUAAAGCAUGCUUCGCAACUAAGUCAAAGGUUGCUGGAAAACUUGAAAAACAUGGAUUUCAUUAGAACUUCGGUUGAAGAUGAACUGAGUUCACCAGUGGUGGUAUUCAAGUUCUUCCAUAAGUAUUUAAAUAGAGAUCAAAGACCACAUGCUGCACAGACCUCAGCUGUUCAGCACCCUGUAAUAAAUAAUGGACACAUUUAUGACACUUUCAAUCAGUGGCUAGGAGAGCAGCUGGCACAGCUGGUUCCUGCCAGUGGGAUUGAUGUGGUAGAAUUGGAAGACGAAGGCACAUGUGUGCGUUUCAGCCCAUUAAUGACUUCUGCAGUUUUAGGGACUGAAAUACAAGAUGUUGAUCAGUUAGUAGACUGCUUAAAAAUGAAGCUACCAGUAUUGACAAGUACACUGCAACUGAGGGAGGAGUUUGCACAAGAAGUGAAAAGAACAGUAGGCCUGUUGUAUACUGAAGAUCUCAGCUGGCCAGGAUUAGGUGUUGUAAGAUACAACUAUCAGAAUGAUGGGAAGAAUGAUGACAACAAAGAAAAAGAAUUGGAAAAAAUUAACACAGAACUUCUGAAAAAAUUAAAUGAACUGGAGUCGGAUCUCACCUUUUCUUUGGGGCCAGAAUUUGGAGGACAGAAGAACUGUAUUUAUAUUGGCAUGGUAACUGAGGAUCUGGAUGUGUCAGAGUUAGUUGAAACUAUUGCAGCAACAGGCAGAGAAAUUGAAGAAAAUUCAAGAUUGUUGGAGAACAUGACUGAAGUUGUUAGAAAAGGGAUACAGGAAGCACAACUUCAGCUUCAGAAAGCAAAUGAAGAACGACUUCUUGAAGAGGGGCUGCUGCGACAAAUACCUGUAGUAGGUUCUGUGCUGAACUGGUUUUCUCCAUUCCAAGCCUCAUCAAAAGGAAGAACAUUUAAUUUAACAGCAGGUUCACUAGAAUCCACAGAAUCUACGUAUGCAUCCAAAGCCCAAGGUACGGGUACUACUCCACCAGCAACUCCUACUUCCAGCCUCACAAAGCAAAGACAUCCUGGUCAGAAAAUUUUUAAAAGGUCUCUCAGAAAUUCUGAUGCGUUCAGUGAGACCAGUUCAGUCAGCCACUGUGAUGAUCUGGAAAAGAUGGAUCAGAGACCCCCAACUCUGUCACCUGGCCAAGACCAAAGACCACUGGAGACAGAAAAAACAGAGCUGCCCAAGGAGGUGCCACAGGGAACAGAUAAAGAUACUGAGGAUGUUCAAAGCAGUGAAACACCAAAUGACUGUACAAACACAGAAGAACGAGGAAGUCAAAGAUAAAAACUAGACUCUGGAUUUAAGACUGUGUGGAUGAAGAUAUAUGCCUCAGAGGGAAGGGUAUUUUAAUGAUGUGUUUAAAAUGUGAACAGUGCCACAUGCUAGUACAGUAAUGACUACUGUAACUUAUUAACUGCACUAAUUGCACAAAUAUAAAUUUUCCUCACACAGGAAAGAUUUGUCUUACUGCACACUUAGUACAGUUACUUUGAUCCUGUACACGUUGAUGUCAACAAAGUUGUAGUGAGAUUUAUUAACUGCCUGGCAAAAAAAAGAGGCAGUUACAGUUACUUCAGUCUUGACAGUAGAUGCUAACUCAGCAGCCACAUAUAAGAUUAAGAAUACAGUUUCAUCCAAUAGUUGUAAGUUGCUCUUACGCAUAUAUUUUUAAGAAACUGCCAAUUUAUUUUUUUUUUAAUAUAAAUAUGUUAAAAGUUCAGUUUAUCCUCUCCAUUAAAACAGCCUAGUCACAGUAGUUCAAUUUUUGCUUUUAUUUUCAUUUUUUUAACACUUACAAACAACAUUGCCAAGCAGCUGUGGUGCAGUGAACAUUUAGGGAUGGAUGCCUGACUAUGUAUAUAGGAGUCACGCAACUGUACUUUGUUGUCACCCUUUUUUUUCCUGCAGCAAUAUGACUUGACUUAUUCAGCUGAGGCCCUGAGUACAGGAGGAUUAAGUAAGUUACUAAGUUGUGAACAGCUCAAAAAGAAAUAGUGCCUCUGCAUGCCUAAAUGGCUUCUUGCUUCUACCACUGAAAAGAAUCACCAACGCUUUCUUUUUUUCCUUUGCAUGACACUGAUAACACAUGUAGUGUUAACCAGACUCUUCUUGUUACAUAUAUCUAAAGAUAGUUACAGUAGAGCUUGAAAAAAAAAAAAUAAAUCCACACUAUAUUUGUGCUGAUUUCAACACUUGCUUUUGAAUAACUUUCCUAGGCUAGGAAUUGUACAGACUCAAUGAAAAUAUGUAGUUAAUUUACACUACAGCAUAAGAUCAUAGUGUCCAGGACUACUUAAGGCACAAGUUAAGUUUUGGAUGCAUCAGAAGCUAGUGUGCACAUCUUCCCCCCUGCCCUCAGCUGAUUUAGCAUAGUUGCUUUGCUGCAAGCUUUCAAAGCUUCUUGUGGAAACAAGAUCUUUUGGAAAGCUUGCUCUGUAACGAUGCAUCUGAUUUUGGAGAAAAUUUUUCAAUCCCUAACAGAGCUAGACACACAAGUACUAUUGAUUGGUUUGUUCCUUUUUUUCCAAAGGUUAUCAAUUUAAUGGCUAUAAUGGUGGCAGGAUUAACUUUGAUCUGAAAAAUGAAGGGUUUUUUUUGAAUACUAAUAUCGCCCCAUUUGACUUUCAGCAUCGAAAUCCUGUGGGCAAAUUUUGCUGCUGGGGUAACUUACAUGAAUCGGAGUGCAAUUUUUCUAAUGUGCAAAAACAGCUGAGUUGACUAGUCUUCCUCAGUGAUUUCUUUGGUGCAAUGAAUAGGUUAAUAAGAGUAAUUUGUGAGAAAUAAAGUUAUCACCACAAUGAUAA